CUGCCAGCAGCUCUGCUCGCUGUCUGUGCAUACUGUUCGGACUGGACUGAGCCGUGUCCCCCCACCCGUCAAUUUCGGUGGAGGGUGAGUAUGAAAAGCCAGACUGUCUUCUAAAGAGGUGUUUAUCAACUUCUCUGUUUUGUUUCGUCGAGGACUCCUCUCUCCUGCCGGUUAAGUACCGCCUCGCAGCGACGUGCUCAGGUUAACGUUAGCUCUGCCACGAACUUUCCAAAACACAUUGCUGGUGUGCAGUUAGAAGUGUUUGAAUAGCUGCCUCACAUUGCUCUUAUAGUUAUAUCUCAGUGUGUGCUCAAGCCUGAGGAGACUUCCAGGAAGGAUUACAGCACUGGGAUGAUUUUGAUGGAGUGAGACAUUGCUGUCUCGGGAGAUCUUCAAAAGCAGUUGGGCGCCGUAUCAUCUGAAGAAAAGACGCAACACUCAAACCGAUUCAAAAAGCACAAUGGAUGGAAUAGACACCUUGCAGAGCUCAGCCCCAGAGACCAAGGCUGAGCGAAUCGCUCGCUACAAGGCAGAACGAAGGAGGGAACUGGCCGAACGCUACGGCAACACGGAGGAAUUCACCUCCAAAUACGUCCGAAGAGAGAGGAAAAUUGACGACGCAUCCGAAACAGCGUCUUCAGCAACCAAGGAGAAAGAAAAAUAUGAGGAUAAUGGACCAGAGCAAACAUAUACCAGGAGAGGCCUCAGGAAUAAAGUAGCAGAACCUGUGGAGCAUGCUGAUGAUGAGCCAGUCCAGGAGAAAGAGGCCACUACUCUCCUCAAAACAGACACCAUUUCAUCCUCAAAGUCAGAGUUUGUCUCCUCCUUGAAGAUAUCGUCUCAUUCCAGGCUGCUGGAAAGUGGUGACACCAGAGACCCAAAGGUUGAUGAGAAGCCUCUGGACUCAGCCAAGAGGAGUGUAGCUUCCAAGAUGUCUCUUUUUAAGGAACUGGAGGGGACGGAGGAUGGAGGCAGCAGUCGGCGUGCUGAUGACAGAGUAACACAUCAGAAAAUCAUCAGUGACGAAGAGGAAGGCUCGACCAGCCUCCUUAAAACUGAUAAAAGCAAAGUGAUGGAAGAGAAGGAGUCUACAGAUAAGCCUUCUUGGAAGGAUCGACACGAAUGUGCAGAGGAAACAAAGUCUUCCAGUCUCCUCUCUGACAGAGCUCUCCCCCUCAGCAAGACCAGAGACGCCUCUCCCCCUCCCAGUCCUCCCUGCCAGUCUGCCUCCUCGCUGCAGCGCCAAGACUCGGGGCCACAGGGCAUUAAGGGAAUCCUAAAGAAAAGCCGCUCUACCAGCGUGGAGUCGGACCACAGCGACGCUUCGAUGCCGGAACGAGUGCCAGCCAGACAGAGCAGUGUCACCCUGAGCCACCCUGAGAGCGAAGAAGAGGAGGAGGAGGAGGAGGAGGAGGAAGAGGAUGAGAUGGAGGAAGAGGUCAAUGGAGAGAAUGAGGAUGAGUCAUUCGCUGAUGAUAUCACGGACGGACAGUGCUUGAGCAUCGACAGACAGCAGAGUCAGGGCAGCAACGGCAGCAGCAGAGGGAGCUUUGAGGAGAUGCGGAGUCCUUCGCCCGAUGAGAGCCUGGAGAAGACCUCCACAGUGUCGGAGGAUGUCGAGGAGCUGGAGAGCAGCCUGGAAGGAAGUGUGGGCUCGUCACUCAAACAGAGACUGGCGGAGUUCAAUAGUGGAGACGUUGAGAAGAAGGACAGACUGAAGAAGCCAAAACCAUCUGACCUGAUCCAGACAUCACUGGCUGAUCGCUUCAGCCAGCUCCACGAUGCUGAAAAUAACUGGAAGAAAAAGAAAUCCAAUAUGGAUGUGGAGCCCAAAAUGUCGCUAGCUGAGAGGAUGAAGAUCCUCAAGGACAAGGAGGAGCAGUGGAAGAGCAAAGGCAAAGGAGCAGCCAAUGACUCGGUCCAGUUCACGGUGGCUGGACGUAUGGCCAAGAGAGGUCUCGUGUCAGAUGCAGAGUCACCUAUAGUCUCUCUCAAGAAGUCUCAUGCCACACCUGUGAAACCACAUGAAGAAAUUUCCAGUAGGACGGGUGUUCAGGUGGAAGGAGAUAAGCGUCUCGACAAGCUGGAGUCCUUCCUGGACAAGCUUCACAAUAAAGGCGUGAGCAAAAGCAAAGUAUCCACCAUCGAGGUGACGGCAGAGACGGAAAAAGAAGUGAUGACGCUGGAUGACGACGAGACAUUUGGCAACUUCUACAAGCCCAUCUCACCCUCAACACUCCAGGACUCCAAUGUGGUUGUGACUGAGGAGGCCUUCAGCCAGAUCCAGGCCGAUACACCAAAGCUCACGUCUGCUGUAGCAGAGCACAAGCGAGCAGUGCGACCAGCCAGGAGGAAUCAAGGCUCCAGGAACCCUCUGCGGGCUCUGGCUGCCCGCAAUGACAUCCGGCAAGGCUACACCGAACAGAGGCUGAAUGUGGCCAAAGUGGAGACCAAGAGGAUCCAAGUGGAGAGGAUGGCAAAACACUCCAACCUGGCUGACGUGGCCUUGGCGGGUCUUGCCAGCAAGGAGAACUUCCGCAAGGUCAGCCUGCGCAGCGUCAAGUCCACCGAAGUCGUGACCAACAACAGCGCGCUGCCGUUCAACAAGCUCAUGCUUAUUCGCAUCAAAGGUCGGAGACACAUCCAGGUGCGCUUGGUGGAACCCACAGCUCACUCUCUAAACAGCGGCGACUGCUUCCUUCUUAUAACGCCAAAACACUGCUUUAUGUGGAGUGGAGAGUUUGCCAACGUCAUCGAGAAAGCUAAGGCGUCAGAGAUGGCGUCGUUCGUCCAAGCCAAGAGGGACCUCGGCUGUAAAGCCCCCCAGGUCACGGUGCUGGAGGAGGGCAUCAACACUGAGAGUCGAUGGGCCAAAGAGUUCUGGAGCCUGCUGGGUGGAAAAACCAAAUACAGAGGGGCAGGGGAGCCAGAGGAGGAUGAGCUGUAUGAGAGUGGGGUGGUAGAUUCUAACGGGGUGUACAGACUUCAAGGAGACAAACUGGUGCCUCAUGAAGAUGCCUGGGCCUCCAUCCCAAGCGUGUCCUUGCUCGACUCUAAAGAGGUCUUAGUGUUUGACUUUGGCGGUGAAAUAUACGUGUGGCAUGGGAAAGACGUGCCCCUGAGUGACAGAAAAGUAGCCGUCAAACUGGGCAAACAGCUCUACAGUGGCAGCUAUGACUACAGCAACUGCAGAGUCAACCCUUUAGAUGCCUCCUGCACAAAUAAGGAUGUGCCUCAGCAGGGAGAAAGUCGUCCAAGCUGGACUCUGUUUGGCCGUUUGUCGGAGCACAACGAGACGUCCCUGUUCAAAGAGAAGUUCCUGGACUGGGCCGAGAGGAAGAAAGAGGAAGCAGCUCAAACUGAGGAAAUCAAGAGCCCCGUCCACUCCACCGUACGCUCCCCGCUUGACUUGGACCUGCAGCCAUGUGACGCCAAAGCCCUGCUGGACAACGAGCCGAAGCCGGUGAAGACAGUUCUGGAGGGGGUUGAUGUCCAGCGGGGCCACGGUGCGGUGAGGACAGAGGAUGGAAGACAGGCGGAGUUGGCCACAGUGGCUGUAGAGGCCUGGCACAUCAGAGAGCACGGUGAAGAGGAACUGCCCGAAGAGAGCCUGGGUCAACUGCACGAGUGUGACGCCUAUAUCAUCCGCUGGAAGUACUCUAUCACCACACUGGUGGGGAAGCGGCAGAAGCCUGGUGAGCUGAGUGCUGGAGCUCCUGGAAGAGAGAGGACGGCUUGUUUCUUCUGGCAGGGCCGCCACUCCAGCGCCAGUGAGAAAGGAACCUCAGCUCUAAUGACAGUGGAGCUGGGCAGCCACAGGGGCUCACAGAUGUUGGUGAGUCAAGGAAAAGAGCCGCCGUGCUUCUUGCAACUCUUCCAGGGAGGUUUGAUCAUCCACAAAGGCAGCAGAGAUGACAGUGCCAACAACACAGGAGACUGGAGGUUGUUCUGUGUCCGUGGUGAGGCUGAGGUAGAGGCCUCACUGGUGGAGGUGGUCUGCCAGCGGGCCAGUCUGCGCUCUCGUGCCAGCUUGGUGCUGCUUAACGCUCAGAAAGGAAAACUCUACUUGUGGCACGGAUGUAAAGCACACGCAGGUGCCAAGCAGGUGGCCAAAAGGGCUGUGGACAAACUAACCCAGAGGUGCCCCUCAGAGUUGGGUCUGAGCAGCUCCAGCAGUGUGAGAGUGGAGGAGGUGGAGGAAGGAUCUGAACCUGCUGAGUUUGUGAAGGCUCUGGGCUCGCAGGAUAAGAAGGCUUACGACUGCAUGCUGCAAGAUCCGGGGAAGUACAACUACACGCCCCGGCUCUUCGGGCUGAGCGCCAGCUCUGGAGUGUUUGAAGGGGAGGAGCAGCUGUAUCCCAGCAGGGUGACGGAGGGAGUCAUGGCGAUGCCUUUCCUGCAGGAGAACCUCUACUCUGCACCACAGCCAGCCCUGUUUCUGCUGGACAACCGCAUGGAGGUGUAUCUGUGGCAGGGCUGGCAGCCUGAAGACACCCAGAGCACCGGAUCUGCAAAGAUGCGCUGGGACAACGAGAGGAAGUGCGCCAUGGAGACUGUGCUGCAGUACUGCAAAGAGAAGAACCCUCGGCGCCCCCCUCUGGCCUAUCUGGUCCUAGCAGGCUGUGAACCCCUGACCUUCACCAACAUCUUCCCUUACUGGGAGAAGGACACCAGUAUCACAAAGGCCGAGAACUCCAAGAACAAGGUGACCUUGGUGAAGGAGGCGCUGUCCAAGCUCAGUAAGCAGCAGUACUCCAUCGAGGAGCUGACCGGGAAGCCACUGCCGGAGGGAGUGGACCCUCUACGUCUGGAGGAUUACCUGUCUGACCAGGACUUUAAGUCACUUCUUGAGAUGAGCCGAGUUGAGUUCAACGCCCUGCCAAACUGGAAGCAAAAGAAUCUGAAGAAAAGCAAGAAUCUGUUUUAAAAACACAUCAUUCGGUUUCUUUUUUGUUUUGUUUUUAUCAUUCUCAGCAGCUCGUUUGUGUUUUGUUUUUUAUUCCAUCAAAAAAAUAAAAUCAUGGUGUCAUUUUGUAGAAGACUGAGAAAGGCAAAUGUACAAUUUUGUUUAUAUAUUGACUUAUUUUUAAUACCAGUGCCAUUUUUUUUAUGUUUCCAUGUGUCACUAAAAUACUUUAGCCAACAAUUAUGUGCAAUUGUUAAUCUUUUUGAUGGAAAGAUUUUUUUCUUGUAUGGAAAAAACAGUUACCGUCACAUUUUAAAUAUGUAAAAUACCAUAAAUGAACGUGUCUUUGUGUGUUUUUACUCCAGACAUGAAAUCUUGUGUGAGAAUGUGUAAAAAGAUACACCUUUGGUUUUCAAGCUUCAAGUUUUUCUUCUUUCUUUUACAUUUCAUAUAAGUCAGCUCUGAGCAAAGGGAAUAAAUUGUUCGGUCCCCACUUUGAAGUUGUCAAAGAAUAGAAGAAAAUCAAAAGAAACUGAAGUGCAGUGUACAAUCCCUGUAAUCUGAGGUUGUUUGGUGACAUCAAACUGAGACUAUAGACUCUGUUUUCGCUGAAAUAUGUUCACAUUAUAUCUUUUUAAUUGAUGUUUUAUCAGAAAGGCAUCAUUGAAACGUAUCCAUAUGCCUUUAUUUAGUUUUUUCCUUGUUUUCGGUACUGAAUACUUCCUGGUUCUCAUACAGUAUAUAGUGACUUGUGUGCCAGUGAUGGCAGCCGUCUGGUUGUUUGGGACCAAAUCUGAUCCGUUUGUCUCGUCAUCAAUGUUUUUCCGUUUGUUUUUGUGAAUCUGUGUGGGUAUGUUUGAGUAAAUGUGAAGCUUUAAAAGUAUUAAGUGUGUGUGUUGAGGAGAGAAACUGUGCAGACUGCCUUUAUCCUUGUAAUGGUAUGUUACAUACAUAACAUCCUGUUUAUAAAACUGCCUGCUAUGUGUGAGUUAAGAAAUUCUCUGCAUGGUGUUCUCAAAAAAACUACAAUCAUGUAUUCAUUUGUCGCAUCUUUUUUGUGAUAGAUCAGACCUGUGUUAUAUGUAGAGACGGCAACAAGAGCAGCUCUUAUUUCUCAGCGCGUACAGUUGACUUUAGGUGGUGUGGGAGCGAGAUAGUAAUGCUCAGUAUUCGAUUUUAAUUAAAAAAUUCAAAAGAAAAAACAACGGAUUCACGUCUUCUUUUA